AGUUCGAUAUCGUGGCUAGGAAAUAAUUGUAAUCUUACUGCAAACUCAAAUUAUUGUAAAUUGAACUAUUGUUAAUUGAAUAAAAUGUCUGAAAAUUCCAAUCUGUCAACGAAAGAUUUGAACAUUGAAUUGCUGCCAAAAGUGGAAAUGAUUAUUAAAGAUGAAAAACUAGAAACCGAAGCAGUAGAGAAACCAUUUUUAUGUGAUAUAUGUGGUAAAACGUUUGCUCGCCAAAGCAGUGUACGGAAUCAUAAACGAAAACAUACCGGAGAAAAACCAUUUUUGUGUAAAGUUUGUGAUAAAAGUUUUAUGUAUCCAAAUCAUUUACUGCAACAUAAACGAAUGCACACUGGUGAGAGACCUUUUGCAUGCGACGUCUGUGGUAAAACAUUUGCUCAAAAUUGUAAUUUAAUUGAUCAUAAACGGAUUCAUACUGGGGACAAACCAUAUGCAUGUAAUUUUUGUGAAAAAAAAUUCACGAAACAAGAUGCUUUAUCCAAACAUAAACGCGUUCAUACUGGAAUAAAACCAUAUUCAUGUGAUAUCUGUGAUAAACGAUUUACGCAAAAGAUCACUUUAGAAACUCACAAACGAAUUCAUACCGGACAAAAACCAUUUGCUUGUGAUGUUUGUUUUAAAAGAUUUAAACAGAAAAGUAAUUUGGAUCAACAUGUGAGGAACCACACCGGACAUAAACCAUAUUCUUGUGAUGUUUGUAAUAAAUCGUUUUCCCAACAAAUUAGUUUAACUAAACAUAAAUUAAUUCAUGAAAAAACUGAACAAAUUAGUGAAGUGAAGCAGGAAAAUGUUUUUAUGGAAAAUAAACAAAUUAAUAAUGAAGUGAAACCAUUUUCUUGGGAUAAUAUUUGUGGUAAGAAAUUUGUACUUCAAAAUAGUUUACUUGUAAAUAAAGUUGUUCAUAAUGGAGAAAAAUCAUUUCCAUGCGAUAUUUUUCAUUUGGGAAUAAAACCAUUUUCAUGUAACGUUUGUUUUAAAACAUUUACACAAAAGUGCACUUUAGAUAAUCAUUUACGAAUUCACACCGGACAGAAACCAUAUUCUUGUGAAAUCUGUAACAAAUCAUUUAUUCAACGAAUUAGUUUAAUUAAACAUAAAAAGAAAGAUUGUGAAAAGGAAAAACUAAAACAAACGAAACAAGAAAGUUGUUACGUUGAAGAAAAUAACUAUGUUGCUGAAAGUUACACCGAUGAUUACGUUGAAGAAGAUUACAGCGAAGAAGAACCUACGAUUGAAGUGGAACCUUCAAUUGAAAUGGAACCUACGAUUGAAGUAGAACCUACAAUUGAAGUGGCGGCAAAUACAACAGGAAACUAUAAUGAUGUUAAAUUAGAAGAAAUGAAGCCAGAAAUUGUUUUCGAAGAACAAAAACAAAUUUAUUCUGAAGAAAAACCUACAGAAGUAAACGAAAAACCUCAACAAGAAACUAUUUUCGUUGAACCUAAACCAAUUAAGGAAAAACCAUUUCCUUGUGAUAUUUGUGGUAAAAAAUUUAGUCUUCUAGGUGGUUUACUUGUACAUAAAAGACUUCAUACGGAUGCAAAACGUUUUUCAUGUGAUUAUUGUGAAAAAACCUUUACCCAACAAACUAGUUUGAUCAAUCAUCAACGAAAACAUACGGGAGAGAAACCAUUUUUAUGUGAUAUUUGUGGUGAGAGUUUUUCUCAUCAAAUUAAUCAUUUUAAUCAUAAACAAAAACAUUUUGAAGAAAUUCCAUUUGCGAAUGAUAAAACAUCCACGGAUCAAAAAAGUUACCGUCAUGCCAAACAAAUUUAUGCCGAUAAAAAAUAUUUUCCUUGUGAUGUUUGUGAUAAAGUGUUUACUCAACAAAGCAAGUUAACCAGACAUUCGCGAGUCCAUACGAAAAUUUUUUCGUGUACUUUUUGUAGUAAAACAUUCACCCGUCAUAGCAGUUUAGUUUAUCAUAAACGAAUUCAUUCUCCAGAAAUUCUUUCUUGUGAUAUGUGUGAUAAAACAUUUACUCGGGAAAGUAAUCUCCGAGUACAUAAAAGAAUGCAUACUGGAGAAAAACCUUUUGCUUGUGAUGAAUGUGAUAAAGUAUUUACUCAUCAAAGUAGUUUUGUUUAUCAUAAACGAAAACAUCUUGGAGAAAAACCUUUUUCAUGCGAUGUUUGUAAUAAAACAUUUAUGUACGCUAAUCAUUUAGAUCAGCAUAAGCGAAGUCACACGGGGGAACGACCAUUUUCAUGUGAUAUUUGUAAUAAAACUUUUAUAGCGAAAAGCGAAGUAGUUACACAUAAACGGAUUCAUACUGGUGAAAGACCAUUUGGAUGUGAUUUUUGUGAUAAAAAAUUUACCAUAAAAGAUAAUUUAACUAAACAUCGACGAAUUCAUACUGGAGAAAAACCAUUUAGCUGUGAUUGUUGUGAUAAAACAUUUACGCAGAAAAUCACUUUAGAGAAUCACAAACGAAUUCAUACCGGAGAAAAACCAUUUGAAUGUGAUAUUUGUGGUGAAAAAUAUAUUCAGCGAAUUCAUUUAACUAAACAUAAAUUGAUUCAUACCGGGGAAAUAGAAAGUAAGAAACGUGGUCGUAAACGAACUAAUGGAGAAAAAUUAACCAAACAAUUUUUAUGUGAUUUAUGUAAAAAAAGAUUUACUUCUGAAAAACAUUUAGCUAGACAUAAACAAAUUGAAGCAAAAAAAUUAACUUAA